AUGGGCUGCGCUGCCUCGGUGCGCCACGAAGACACCGUGGAUGCCGCGUUGCGGCGAGUGGAGCAGCGCCAGCUGGACCUGUGCCGCGUGCGCGCGAAGAGCCCAAGGAAGCACCUUGAGGGUCACAAGUUGGGAGGACAAGAUCCACCUGGAACGUCCUUACAUGUUGGAGCUGCAAAAGGUCCAGGGACACAAAAGCCAGAGGAUCGCAGAGCACGAGGGGCAAACUGGACAUCUGUGAUGCCUGGUAUGGUCAUUGACGGUGCAGACAAUGUUGACCUCCAUCUUCCCUUGCUGGACCUCACAAGCUCCUUCCUCACAGAGCACUGGCCAGAACCUCCUCAUGGCAUGAGAGCAGCCUUCCCGCCAAAUUGCACGAUGCACGAAGGGCACUUGGCUAAGCUUGACCGGUACUUGGAGAAGGUUGAGAAUGACCCAGGCGUGAUUGGUGAGGCAGCAGGACUCAAGCGAUUGGAGCUCGAAGUAUGUGGUGCAGCGUGA